AGCCUUAUAUUUUGUAAAUCAAUGGCCCUUGAUCGUGACGUGAUUUCGCGACCUGCGAUUUGCCCAUUUGCCAUUGCAUUCAAAUAGCGGAAAAGCCACAUUCUACCAGUGAUCAUCGCCCCAGUCAGUUGAAAAUCCUCUGAAAAUGGUGAAAGCCGUGUGCGUUCUUCAAGGCGAAGUCAAAGGCACCCUGUUCUUUGAACAAGCGGACUCUUCAAGUGCGGUGAAGGUCACCGGUUCGGUUAACGGCUUACACAAAGGACUGCACGGUUUCCAUAUUCACGAGUUUGGCGAUAAUACUAACGGGUGUACAAGUGCCGGCCCUCACUUCAAUCCAUUGGGAAAGGAUCAUGGUGGACCACAAUCAGACACACGUCAUGUUGGAGAUUUAGGAAAUGUUGAGGCGGGUGCCGAUGGUGUUGCUAAUGUCAACAUUACUGACAAGAUAAUCCAGCUGCAAGGAGAACACAGCAUAAUCGGCAGGACCCUUGUGGUGCACGCCGAUCCGGACGAUCUUGGCAAAGGUGGACAUGAAUUAUCAAAAACCACAGGAAAUGCUGGCGCCCGCCUUGCUUGUGGUGUGGUUGGCAUUGCAAAAGCUUAAAUCUAUAUAUUCUGAUACAAUACCGAAAACUGUAAACCAAUUAGGCGUUCAGAGAACAAGUUCAAAUAUCAUUCCUGCUUUCCUAUAAUAGGAAUCUGUUACAUGUCUUAUAACCUUUGGUACACUAAUGUUGACACCAAUAAAAAAUAUGUUAUGAUUUCUUUAUAAAUUA